GAUAGAUCCACAUCAGUUGCAUAUGCAUCUUACCAAGUGACCAUCAAUAACUGCCCCGUAUUCAAAAUGAACCCUUCAAUGAAAAAAAAAUCAAAAUCAAAAUGACACCUCCCAGAACCUCAUAUACACCCACAACCACAUCUUGCUCUUCUCUCCCUCACCACCAGAGCAACCACCAAAGGAGGAAUGUGAAUCCCAAUCCCAAUCCCAAUCCCAAAUCCAAAGUCAAACAAUGGCUCUCACGUUCUCUCCCACGCCGACAUUCGUCCACUUCGACUGCGACUUCAACUUCGACUUCGACGGCGUCUUCUCCACCCCCGAAGAACCCGAACCCGGCUUUCUCUCUCACACCCAAAUCCAAACACCCCCAAAGCCCACGAAACCAACCCAUUCGCAUCCCGACGCCAUCGCCGACACCAUCUGUUUCUGCUUCUACUUCUGCUUCUCUGUUUGCCUCUGCGUCCCCGCCCGCCUCUACAAAAGAUAACGACCCCGAACCCACCAAAGCGCAAGCGCAAGAACCUGGUUCUUACCCCGAGGAGAGAAACCAGAACGACGACGAAGAUGCAGAGCGCCAGUUCCACCUCCCGCCCGAAUUCCAAUUACCGGUCCUAGAGCCAGAACGACAAAUACAAGUACACAUGGAAACCGGAACGGAAAGGGAAACGGAGAAGCCCCACCACGAGGGAGGAAUGUUCCUCUGCGACUCGGGCGCUGCCAACGUCAGCCGUGGACAAUUCACGUCGGGGGUUCUGGCGGAGGAGUGUGGAUCGGUGAUGGUUCCUGUUCCUGUUCCUGUUCAGACUCAGACUCAGUCGGAUCGUCUGCGGGUCAUGGCGGCGGCGGCAGAACAACCCAUCGGAGAUGCGCUGGAUUCCUGUGGGAGGGCCGCGAUGGUAACGCGGGGUGGUGAUAAGGAUGAGGAUGAGGAUGAGGAUAUUGCGUUUCUUCCGGUUGGUGCGUAUGGGUAUACACCGGCGUCGUGGUCGUUGUCGAAAUCGCCCACGCCUCCGGAGAGGGGUGCAGCACCGUCACGGUAUCAAGCUAUGCCGCGCGAGCAGACAAGGCAAGAGGAAAAGAAGACAGACAGACAGCGUGCCCGGAUGUGGGCGAUGCUGGUUCGAGCGUCAUGGCUGCCUUGUCGGAGGAGGAAAUACUCUCCCUAAUGUGAUGGAUAUGAAUAGAUGCCCUCCUGUAACGAUAGUGAUCUACGCUGGUUGAUGGGAAUGAACAUGAAACUAAAGAUGAAGUGAGAUUAUAGACAUGCCCAGAUACCGGGUCACAAUAAUUAGGUCAAUCCACGCAGCAACGGUACUUCAAUCGGGUAUCC